AUGGUGCUUCUUGAUCAACUGUGGGACGAUGUGGUGGCCGGGCCGCAACCGGACCGUGGCCUCAAACACCUCAAAAAGGUGUACACCAGCCCCAAAGAUGGAGGAGAGGGGAGUGGCAUCGUGUACCAGAGGUCUCUGUCGAUGCCGUCGAGCCCUUUGACACCGGGAACGCCGACGAAUAUGUCACCGACGGCUGGGAAAAAGGACAAUGUGUGGCGGAGCGUCUUCAACCCGGGAAGCAACUCCGCCACCAAAAACGUGGGAGCUGACUAUUUUGAUAAGCCGCAGCCCAACUCCCCUACUGUCUAUGAUUGGCUUUAUAGUGGGGAUACUAGGAGCAAGCAUCGUUGAAAGAAAUGGAUGGUCAUGGUUUUGGAGUAGUUUUAUUGUAAAUAAAGACACCUAUAAACUUGGUGGAAUAUGUAGGUUUCUUGAUUUUCUGUUUUUUUUUAAAAAAAUACAUUUUUAUCUAUAGAUUAUCAUGUAGUUUUUCUUUUUUUGUCUGCUAUGAAAAUAAUGGAUGUG